AUGGUGUCAUCAUCAAUGGACGAGUUUCCUUCCACCGCUGAUAUCAGUUCCAUCGUCAGAUCCAAAUCUCACAGACGACGAUCCAAUGGCGUCAUCAUCAAUCGACGAGCUUCCUUCUACCGCCAAUAUCACUUCCGUCGACGAGCCAAUUCCAUCGUCAGAUCCAAAUCUCACAGACGACGAUCCAAUGGCGUUACCAUCAAUCGACGGUCUCUGACGGUGGAGAUUGAAAUUCCAUUUCGCGUUUUUGGGAGCGUGGAGGAAUCGUCGAGAGGGAUCUAUUCUCGGCGAAGAUUGGUGGACGGUUGCAGUGGAUUGACUUCUCAACGGUGGUUCAUCGAAGAGACGGAAUCGGAAGGGAUCUAUCCGACGGCGGUGAAUGCUCCGGUUGGGAGUUGGUGA